AUGUCAACUACCUUUCCAGGUCUCGUCCACGAUGCAGAGAUACGUCAUGACGGAUCAAACAGUUACCGUUUGAUGCAGCUUGGAUGCCUGGAGUCUGUGGCCAACUCGACCGUCGCCUAUUCCUCCUCAUCUCCUCUCACUUACUCUACCACGGGCACCGAGUUCGCCUCCCCGUACUUCUCCACUAACCACCAGUACACCCCACUGCACCACCAGUCCUUCCACUACGAGUUCCAACACAGCCACCCGGCAGUCAACCCCGACGCUUACUCCUUGAACUCUCUCCACCACUCCCAGCAGUAUUACCAGCAGAUCCACCAUGGAGAACCCACUGAUUUUAUCAACCUGCACAAUGCGCGGGCACUCAAGUCCUCCUGCUUGGACGAGCAGAGGAGAGAGCUGGGGUGCUUAGAUGCUUACCGCCGCCACGACCUGUCUCUUAUGAGCCAUGGAUCCCAAUAUGGGAUGCAUCCAGAUCAAAGACUCCUGCCAGGACCAAGCCUCGGGCUUGCAGCCUCGGGAGCAGACGAUUUGCAGAGCUCAGUGGAGGCCCAGUGUGGACUUGUACUCAACGGGCAAGGAGGUGUGAUAAGAAGAGGUGGCACCUGUGUUGUGAACCCCACGGACCUGUUCUGCUCCGUUCCUGGUCGCUUGUCUCUGCUCAGCUCCACUUCCAAGUACAAAGUGACCAUUGCAGAGGUGAAGAGGCGCCUUUCACCACCAGAGUGCCUCAAUGCUUCCCUCCUCGGAGGGAUUUUGAGAAGAGCAAAAUCCAAGAACGGAGGACGGUGCUUGCGAGAAAAAUUAGACAGACUUGGACUGAAUUUGCCUGCAGGAAGAAGAAAAGCAGCAAAUGUCACACUCCUGACUUCCCUGGUAGAAGGGGAAGCACUACAUUUGGCCAGAGAUUUCGGCUACACCUGUGAAACAGAGUUCCCUGCCAAGGCAGUAGGAGAGCACAUUGCCAGACAGCACAUGGAACAGAAAGAGCAGACAGCGAGGAAAAAGAUGAUCCUAGCGACAAAACAAAUAUGUAAAGAAUUCCAAGACCUUCUAAGUCAAGACAGAUCACCCCUUGGAUCCUCCAGACCAACUCCAAUAUUAGACCUCGACAUCCAGAGACAUUUAACACAUUUCAGUUUGAUCACUCAUGGUUUUGGAACUCCUGCAAUAUGUGCUGCCCUAAGCACUUUCCAAACUGUUCUCAGUGAAAUGCUGAACUACUUGGAAAAGCACACAUCGCACAAAAACGGAGGAGCGGCGGAAUCCGGCCAAGGACACGCCAACUCGGAGAAAGCCCCCCUGCGGAAAACUUCAGAGGCUGCUGUGAAAGAGGGCAAAACAGAAAAGACAGACUAGCUACAUCAAACAGAAUCUAUUUCGAGAGAGUCUUGCUGCUGAUAUUUUUUUUAAAUAUAUAUAUCAU